CAUCACGUGAUCGCGCUGCAAUGUUUCGUCUGCAGCAAAAGAAAAAGGAAAACGAGGAAAAGAAACAGAAAGAAGCCGACAAGCCCGGGUUUCAGAAGCAAGUAUCUGUUCGCACCAGAUUUCUGACACGAGAGGUUGCAGAGUUGGAACCAAACCUUCCAAGUACAUGCAAGAUUGAGUUUGGUGAUGUGGAUGACUUAAGGCGCUUCACAUUGAUUGUAACACCUGAUGAGGGCUAUUGGAUUGGUGGCAAGUUUGUAUUCACUAUAGAAAUUCCUGAAGGUUACAACAUUAAGCCUCCUGUGGCUACAUGCACUACGCGAUUGUGGCAUCCAAACAUAACAGAAGAUGGCAAAAUUUGUCUCAGUAUUCUACGUGAACACGCAUUGGAUAGUUCAGGGUGGCUACCAACUAGAACUCUAAAGGAUGUUGUGUGGGGUCUCAACUCCUUGUUCUCAGAUCUCUGCGAUUUUGAUGAUCCACUAAACAUAGACGCUGCUGAGCAGUUCAAACGAGAUCAGGAUGAGUUCAUAAGCAAAGUGGCUGCCUUUGUACAUCGCUAUGCAAGAGCCAAGUAAUGGUCAUUUGACAAUUUAAAUUAAAAGUAAUGGAAACGUAGGUAAAAAUUGAUAACAGUGUGACUGCUGCUCAAAUCCUUACUCAGUAACGAGACACGUCUAAUAAGCUAAAAGCAAUUUUUUAUAUUUACCUAAAUGUCUCA